CUCCCACCUCAACUUGCUAGUCCUUAGAUCUUCUCAAUAAUUUUAUCAUAUGACAACUUUCUUCUCCUCAUUCAUGUAGUGAACCCAACCCAAUGUCCGCUCCUUGCCGAGUUCUGCGGACCUCCUCAACCUCCUCCCCCUCACCCAGAGAUGCUCUGAGCCGUUCGGCCGGCGCCGGGUCGCGGUGUUUUCUCUUUACGCGUGCCUCAAAGCCCGUUGCAGCAACAGCUCAGACGAGCUCGGAGCCAAGACCCAAGGCCACAAAGCCUCACAGUACACUACAAGAGGCGAAUCCUCGGAACCUGCCAGAAGUAUGGUUCAACCCAACCUUCCCAUACGGCAACAGCAAACCACCCCUCGGCCAGGGCCCAGACAAACCACCAGAUGAGCGCAAGGUGAAGCUUGGAAAGACCCUGCGUAUCCUGCAGGAACGCCUCCCAACGCUCCUCCAGUCCCCCCUCCCGCAGGAGAUCCUCGCACCCAACAUCAGCCUCCACCUCUUUCCCUCGACCCACCCACACCUGCCCACCGUGUCGGGCCGCGUCGCCUACAUCGCCGCCCUGUGGACAUCGCCCAUUGCCUGGAACCGGCUGCCCAUCAUAGGCGAUGUGAAGCUCGAGAUCCUGUCCGAGCGCAUGGUGAAAGAGCAGGGGAAACGCACCGGGUCCGGCGCCGAGCAGCUGGUGGUGCGGUGGCGGACAACGGGGGGUUCGGGGAUUGGGUGGAGGCUGCCUUUUCGGGAGCUUUUUCAGGUGAGCGACGGGCAGGCGGCCGAAGGGUUCACGGGCCUGUUCAUCUUCGAGUUUGAUGACGAGGGGAGGAUCCUCAGCCAUACAAUCGAGCACGUCCAGUCGGGAGGCGAGUGGGAGAGGGGCGUGGGCGCCAAGUUCGUGGGGCUGACGGACUGGCUGUUUGGGGGUAUGAGAGGGGGCCGGGAGGGCUGUCCUGCUUUCGAGAUCCAGCGGGACCACCUGCGGCGGCGCAGGUCGGGGUGACUUCACGAGGACAGAAUAGAAUGUAAAUGGGCGUUCAAAGGGGCGGGGAGGCGGUUUAUUGUGGAAAAUAACAUUUGGGAGCGACACAUGCCACUCAUACCUACCUACUCUGUAUAAACAAAAAAAAAAUGGGAAAUGGACCCAACAUAGACUUG